CUAUUAACUAACUCACCGCGCUGGAUCUUUACCGCCCAUUAAACCGCGCAUGAUGCUGGAAGUUGAGCAGUUGUUGUUAUUUGAGACAUUCUGCUCACAGUGUUAGAGGAACCUGAGUGCUGCUGCUGUUAGCUUAGCCGGUUAGCUGCUCUGGGUGGAGCAGAGUGGUUCAACGUUACACUGAAAAUGCAAAAUACAUCCAACGUUAACAGAAAUAAAACGUGAAGAAUGAAUCACAUUCAGGUGAAUUUGCGAGGUUUGCCCUCCCACGUACUGGAUGCAGUGUGCAGACCAGAUACUCUACAAAAUAACAGGUCACCGGAGAGCAUCAUCACUCCUCUGACGUUUCCCAAAUCUAAAAUGCACCUUUGGGAUCCGACGCCUACUGGCACUUGUGUCAAUCUCCACCUUUCCUUUUAUAGAAAACCCAGGCUUCUUCUCACGGAGAAGGCUUUACGUUUGGCUCACCGUCAUGCACGGCAGAGCAAAAAGCCUCAGUUUUCAUGUUUCCUGAUUGGCACAUUAGCUGUGGACAGUGACGAGGAGGGUGUGACUGUAACCCUGGAUCGAUUCGACCCUGGCAAAGUGCAGCCCGGCGGGACUACAAAGGCCCCGACGGCUCCCCUCCCCGGGGACGUUCUGGUGCCGUGCUCGUUUGACGUGCAGCCUGUUCCCGACAGCACGGUCUACUCCGCAGAUGACUUUGACAUCUCGUUUAAGAUGCUGGAGCAUUGCUGCAGCAACAGAGAGACGCUGGAACUGUCUAAGCUGGUGAACCUGCGAGCUCGCUUCAGCUGUGUGGAGAACAUGGACAGACUGAGCUUCAGCCUGCACUGGGCCGGCGUGACGCUGGCCGACUCUCUGCAGGCUGUUCCCGUUCGUGCACUUCCCAUCAUCCCUACUGCACUAGCCAGGAACCUGAGCAGCUUAUCCAGCAUGGCACAACCAGUACACUCACAGUCAGUCGGGAGAAAACGAGGAUUUCUGACGAUGGACCAAACUCGAAAACUGCUUCUUGUACUGGAGUCGGACCCCAAGGUCUACACGCUUCCUCUUGUAGGAGUAUGGCUGAGUGGGGUUACGCACAUCCACAGUCCUGUGGUGUGGGCGUGGUGUCUCAGGUACCUGCACAGCUCCUCCCUUCACGACAGAGUGAUGCUGGGCGACGCAUUCCUGGUGGUUCUUUACUCUCUUACUCACAGAGAACCCGAGUUCUACCAGUGCAGGUUGCAUGAGCAGAAAGGAAUGAGCUUUCAGCUUCUCAGCAGCAUGGAAUCACUCACCAUAUAUAAGAAUGUUGAGCCAGCAGAAGGCCGGUCACUACAGUUUGAACUCGGUGCUGAGAACCUGGGUCGGCAGGCCGAGCUCUUUACAGAGGCGCUCUCUCGUUCUGCAUCAUCCAGAGCUGCAGUUGGGUCAUCAGCUGCGACCCAGAACAAAUUAUCCGUCAGUGACCCCGACUCGGGAGUGGAAGACGAGGAUCUCUCUCCACGGCCUUCUCCUAACCCUCACCCCAUCAGCCAACAGGCGAGACAGGUCCAGCCCUCUGUACCUGAACUCUCUAUGGUAUUAGAUGGCAGCUUCCUCGAUGGGAAGGUGUUGGGAUCCCACAAUCAUGCUCUACCUCAUCCAGCUCAAUCGAAUUCUCAGCUCAGAAGUAGCAGUGGCAAUCCACCCCACUCACGUCCAGCACAGCAAGUCUCAGCUCAGAGCGUUAUGGCCGGUCCUCCGCCCAUCAGGAGACCCCUGACCCCGGUGCUGUCCCAGCCAAAGCUUAACAGACCACAAUCUGCUGUUCGGCACCAAAUGCCAAAGCCCUCGAUGGGCAGAAAGUCCGUUCCCUCCGUCGGUCGGAGGUUAAGUAACGGGUCCUCGGCUUCGUCGUCUUCGUCGUCUUCACCUAAAACCGGCCCCUCACCAAAUGCUUCUUUCACUCAGCACAGGCAGAGAGCUGGUCAGUGUUUUGCAGACGUCCCUCACGCUGUUUCACCCUCUUCACCUGGUCCACCAACAUCAAACCAGAAAAGCAAAAAAGUGUCCAUCAAUCCACAUCAGACCCCCAUGCCACAGCCCUCUCAGCACACAGUCUUCCACAGCACCCCUGCUGUCAAUCCUGCCUGCACCCCCUGCACUUGCUGUUCAGCCCACCAUACCCAUAUGCCCAUGUAUCAGAACAACACCUGGCAAGGAAUGCCCGUUCCCGUACACAUGCCCUCCUCUAACCCCGUCCGUUGUUCCUCAGAAGGAAGUCCUUAUGGAGACUGCUAUGUCUCCCCCACCCGGCCUGCCAUGUCUUUACCCAGCCACAGGUCACCGGCUAGGAGCCCCGUGUGCCCCGUCAGUGUUCCCAUGCACUGCUCUCCAUCCCACGGGCCGCACAUUCCUAAUGCGAACACAAACAGCGGCACUUUUGAACCGGCCGUGCCCACCUGUCAGCCUCAAUGCUGCCAUGUUCAGCCUGGUACAACAGGGCAGCCCAGUUCUGCUUCAGUUACCAACCCACCUGCUGGCAUGGGCCUUCUUCCUGCCGAUGCUUACAGGCUGCUGAUGGAGCAGGACAGACAGCUGAAGCAACUACAGGCUCAGAUCCAGAAACUUCUAGAAGCCCAAAACAAGGUGUCUGGACCAUCGCAAGCAUCAGCAGAGAAGCAGUAUGAGCAAACCAUUCAGACCUCAUCGCUUUCAGAGCCCCAGAAGAAAACGAGUGUCAGCAUCGCAGUCGAAACAGGUGCCAGUUUGUUCUGGGGUGGUCCUGGUCCUGAAGGCUCCAUGCAUGAAGGUCAGGCUCCAGAGGAACAGCCCGAGACUCAGUGGCAGUGCAGCGGCGAGGAAAACGGCCCCGCUUUCUGCAGGUUCGAUUCGGAGGAUACCCAGUGCAGUGAGAAACGGAGCCCUGCGACCCCGCCCCACUACACGUCCCCCAAACACUUCAACUCAUCAGAUGUAGGAGUGUCUUCAUUCCAGAGUCCUGUGCUGGGAGAAAGUGCCAGCAUGUAUUAUGACUCUCAGUCCCGGGACACGGCGGCAUUUUCUGAAACCGGAGAGACACAAGAUCAUAGAUUUUAUCAAGACCUACUGGGUCAAGUGAACAGUCGUCUCCGAGACUCUGUAAACGAAGAAGAGCCUUCGGACACGCCCGCUCCUCGUACCAGACAGAGUCCGUCCCCCGGGAGUUCACCGCAGACCGAACCUGUACGCAAAGAGCAGAGCCGAGAGAAGAGACCCGCUCGUUCAGGAGAGGAUCAGGUGUACAGCGCCACCCUGAAACGGCUGCAGCAGCUGGGCGUUAAUGUGGAGCUCUGCACAGAGAGGAACAGCUGUGCCACUGUGGAAAGCGCCAGCACGCUGGCUCGUAUAAACCCUGACGCUGUGAUUCCAAGGCUGGCACUUUCUGACAUGGUGGCUACUGGCACCAGUUUCUGGGGCCUAAGUGGAGGAGUGGAUCUGAGCCUGGAGGCCAAUGCCAUCGCUCUGAAGUACCUCAGCGACUCUCAGCUCUCCCGUCUCUCGCUGGGAGGCCAGGCUCCGGGUGCCAGGAUCGACCCUGGCGCUGUGCUUUUUGGAAAGAGCCGUCUGGAAAAGAGCAGCGUCGGACUGAGCAUCCUGUCACCUAGCAACAUGUCGCUAGCUACCUGCACGUACAUGAAGAAAUACGGGCUGAUUGAAGGCGGGGGCAGCAGUGAAGAGGAAGAGGACAGCGGUGAGAAGGAUCUCACUCAGAGAGCACAGACUGACUCGGCUCUCGGCCACUCACUGCAGCUCGACAGUUCGGAUAACGCUGACCAGGAGAAGGACGGACGAGCUGAUUUGAUUCUGAACAGCAUUACUAACAAGCAGCCCGAGCCGGUUCUCUCCAGUCAGAGACCUCAGGACUCUCAAAGCCAGCUGAUCAGAGACUUAAGGCCCAAAAUGCAGCUUUUAACACAGAGAGCCAGCUCGGAGAAAGAGAACGUCCAGAAACAUGUUCUCCCUCAGCGCAGGCCGUCUGUGUCUGAUAACCAGAGGCUCGCGUCCCUCCCGGAGAGUCAGGGAUCUGUAGGGAACUUUUUGGAUCUCAGCCGCUUACGGCAGCUCCCUAAACUGUUUUAAACACAAAUACAACCAGGUAAAAUGUGUCUAGGUGUUUUUAUAAUAAGAUAUAUGUAUGUAUAAUUGUGUAUACCUCUUUUUAUGUUGUUUUUAUGUUGGUUUACUGUGUCACUUUCAUUUUUUAUAAUUAUAACAUGUUUUAUUUGUGUGAUUUCUUUUACCACUGCAUUUGGAGUCCAAACCAUAAAUCAUAUGACUUACUAAAGUGGGCAUUGUUCCAUUUAAUGUUUUCUGGUUUUGUUCAACUUUUUAUGGUGCUGCCGGUCAUUUUAUAAAACUUGUAGGGCUAUCCAGAUGCAUUAUUUUACUUCUUUUUUUUUACUGUGGUUUUAUUAGCUCAGAGUGUCUGUCAGGUUUUUUACAACAUGAAAUAAAGAAUCUUCAAGAAGCAGCAGAAUCCAGUUGCAAUCCUAUAAACCAAGCCUUAAACUGAGCCUCAGGAUGGGUGUGGAGUGAAUGCUGUAAUCACAUUUAGGAUUAUGUAACUGGACAGUACCUUCACUGAUUAGUCAUGCAUUGUCUUCUGUGACUAGGUUACUAAUAUGAAAUGAAUUGAAUGCUGUAAUAUGAAUGCUAAAACUAUGUGAUUAUAUCAUAUCUUUUAUUUCCAUGUAGGGGCUCACAGUUUCCCAGUUUGGUGCCUCCCUGUGAAGUUUUUAUCUUUGUGUUGAUUGUAAAUGCAUGUAUUGUAUAAAUGUAUGAAUGUUUCACUUUAAUUAAAUAAUUUGGACAGUG